AUUACAUGCUACAACUAGAAAGGGAAGAUAACUUGCAAAGCCAAAUUCAUUAUGUCAGCCUUUGCCGCUAAAUCUUUCCAGUCACACGAUUAUUCGCUGUACAGACCAUCUUAUUCGCUCGAUUUCUUUAAAUACAUAUUCGAUUUUGCAAAUUUGGUGAAGAACUCUCAGGAUGGGAAGAUACUGUCAAUUCUAGAUGUUGGUGCUGGUCCAGGAACAUGCAUGGUCACUAUCAUCCCAUAUUUAGCAACUCUAGUCGAGGAGAAGAAACUCAAUGUACAGAAGAUCAGAUUGGUUGUCACUGAUGUUUCUUCGAAUAUGCUUUCGGAGGCAAAGAAGAACCUGAUUGAUGUGAUUGGCAAAAUUGGAGCUCAGCAUGCAAAUCUUUUUGAACUCUUGUACUUUGAGGCUGGUGGUGAAGGGUUGACCGAUCUUGUCGGCGAAGCAUCGAUUGAUAUAGUCAUUGCCGCAGAAUGUGUUCAUUGGCUCAAGAGUAAAGAUUGGCUCAAUUGUAUGCAACAAAUCUUGAAACCAACAACAGGGGUACUUGCAUUUUGGGGCUACGUUGACCCGGUUUUCACUGGAGUUGAGAAACCGGGAAAUCACGAGAAGGAGAUAGAAACGGCGAACGACUUUUACGAAUCGUUUGUUUAUGAAGCCGAGGGGAAGUUGGGAGUUUAUUGGCAACAGCCUGGUAGAAGCAAAUUACGUGGAUUAUGCAAGGAGGCCAACGGUCUUGUCUACGAUGAUACCAGAUGCUGGGGCGAUGUGAUUACCGUUUACAGGGAUCCUCUAAAGGGGGAUGUUAAGGUGUUGGAUAGACUGAGAGGGCAAGACGUUGACUUCGAGGUCGAUGACGAGGCUUUCAAGUUGACAAAGUCAUUCACCUUGGAUCAGUUUCUCCGUUAUGCGGAUACGUGGAGCUCGUCCCACAAGUGGAAUGCAGAGCACGACGAGAACAAUAAAGUCAGCUCGGUUUUCUACAAGGGGCUAAACGAGACGACCAAGUGGGAGUUAGAAGAUGUGAUUGAGGUUGAGUUCAAGACAUACUACACACUGGCAAAGAAGCUCUAGGCAUGCGUGUAUGGAUUUUUUGAGGUAUAACGGACCAUAGUUACUGUAUAUGUAACAAUUAAAUUAGGUUAAUAUAUGUAUAAAUUAUAUAUCAAAUAAUAUAAAUUAUUUAUUCAGACUUACCACCUUUUCUAGCAAUCAAAGCCUUUCUGUCCUUGUCCAAGUGUAAUUUGGUGAUGACGACCUUAGAUGGGUGGAUGUUCAAUGGGACGGAAGCACCGUUGGACUUUUCCUUGGUUAAUUUUUCGAGUUGGAU